GGGUCACCAGGCAUCAGGUCAUUUGGCUCGACAGCGGGCACCGCGUCAUCUGGCAAGGCAGUGGGCUCCGAGUCAACAGGCACGACAGUGGGCACCGGGUCAUCAGGUACCGGAUUGUCUGGCUCGACAGCGGGCAUCGGGUCACUAGGUAUGACAGCGGGCACUGGGUCACCAGGCAUCAGGUCAUUUGGCUCGACAGCGGGCACCGCGUCAUCUGGCAAGGCAGUGGGCUCCGAGUCAACUGGUAUGACCGCGGGCACUGGGUCAGACAUUGGAUCGUCUGACUGGACAGCGGGCAUUGGGUCACCAGGCAUCAGGUCAUUUGGCUCGACAGCGGGCACCAUGUCACCUGGCAAGGCAGUGGGCUCCGAGUCAACAGGCACGACAGUGGGCGCCGGGUCAUCAGGUACCGGAUUGUCUGGCUCAACAGCGGGCAUCGGGUCACCAGGCAUCAGGUCAUUUGGCUUGCCAGUGGGCACCGCGUCAUCUGGCAAGGCAGUGGGCACCGGGUCACCAGGC